GGCCCAACGCCACGCCAGGCACGCCUCUUGGUUACCUGCAUCCGUUGUGUUCAUUUCUCGGAGAUUGCUUUUCUUCCAUUUCAUCUAUGUAAUGUUUAUAAGAGUAUGCACCAUCCCCGAAAUACGACCUCUCUAGUUUCUACCGACCCAUCAUAGUUCCGCCAGGCUUCUCGAUGUGCGCCGCAAGCCAUUGCAAAGACUGGUUCUCCAAUACCCCAAAGAAACCAAAAAUUGCCCUGGGUGAUACUCCACCCUCCAUGUUCCUGAAAAACCGGGCAAAUGACUGAUAUCAUUUGCGCCUGUGACCGAUUUAAAAGGCUGACAGGAACCUGGUUACACCAUGCCGGCUUCCUAUCCAUCUCAUCCUUCAGACACCACAAGCGUGCUUACGAACGGUUCCUCUUGUCGAGAAGAAAUCGAAUGUUUUCAAAUCAACAGAGACUGUCAUUUCGAUCACUUGGAAACAGUAAACAAGGACCCAGAUUCCCCAGAGAUGGACAUUCCCAUCAGUGACAUCAAGCCAUACUACAAACCCCCAUCAUCACAAACAUCACCCAACAACAUCGCCGACUCUCCCACUAUCCAGAAGACCAUCCAAACGCUGAACCUCCAAAUCCACCCGGAAGGCGGCUACUUCGUGGAAACAGAUCGCAGCCAGCUCCGAAUCCCCAACCCCCAUCGCCAUGCCAACCUGAACCCUACCGUCGAGACGGACGACGAUGCGACGCGAGCAGCCAGCACCACCAUCUACUACAUGCUAACGCCGUCCUCUCCGCUGGGGGCAUUCCAUCGCAAUGCCAGUCGCACCGUGCAUACACUCCAUCGCGGACGGGGUCGCUACGUCAUCAUCCACGCCGAUCAGGCCGCUCGUCACGGAGGAAAGGCGCCCGUCGAGUCGUUCGUGGUGGGUCAUCGCCUCGAGGAGGGUGAGCGACUGCAGUGGAUCGUGGAAGGGGGCAAGUUCAAGUCGAGCUAUUUGUUGCCGGAUUCCGACGCGGGCGAGACUGAGGGUUUGUUGAUUAGUGAGGUUCGUUAUACUUAUGAUUGUUAGGUGCUAAUCAUGCAUAGUCGACGUUUGACUGACCCACUCGUGCAUGCAUCACAGACCGUUGUUCCGGGUUUCGAAUUUGCAGACCACGAUUUCUUGACGGCGGAAAUGAUGGAGGAGUUGUUGACUCCGGAACAGGUGCGGGAGCUGAAAUGGAUGCGUCGGAAGGAAUGAAGUAUGGGAUUGUUUAGUUUGUUUUUUGUAGUCGGACGCAGCCAAAUUGCACGAUUUAUGAUCAUCUCACGGCAUAAUGUACAAAUUUGUCUAGCCUAUAUAUACCUCUA